ACUUUGAGCUCAUUCAGGAGCUGCUUCACCUGCUCUGCUCUGCAGCCUUCAUCAGGACCCGGCACUGCGGACAGGUGUCCGAUAUGAGCGCAGACAGCCGCUGACUGCAGCCCACCUCCAUCCGAUCAGCGCGGCAGAGAUCUGGGAGAGUUUGCGCGCACCGCGGGGACCUGCGCAAAGGACGUAAACAUGCAGUGAGCGCUCCCACCGGACCUGCUGAACUUUACCCGCUGACGCGAUGGCAGCAGCCGCUACUCUAGGGGAAGUUGGAGGCGUCCUCCACGGCAUCGACGGCGUCGUUCACGUCGGCUCCCAUUUCUUCCUCACGCCUCCCGGGGACGGUCCGAUCCUGCUGGGGGAGCACCUGGCCCCCGGGGACAGGCGGUACCUGCCCACCGCGCAGGAUCUGAAACACUUAAAGGGCAUUUUGAGGAGGAGGCAGCUGUACUGCAGGACUGGCUUUCAUCUGGAAAUACUUCCGGAUGGCACGGUGCAGGGGACGAGAAAGGACCACAGUCGUUUUGGUAUUUUGGAAUUCAUAAGCCUUGCUGUUGGCCUGAUAAGCAUAAAAGGAGUGGACAGUGGGCUUUACCUGGGGAUGAACGACAAAGGGGAGCUCUAUGGAUCUGAAAAGCUCACACCUGAAUGUGUCUUCAGGGAGCAGUUUGAGGAAAACUGGUACAACACCUACUCAUCAAACCUCUAUAAACACGGAGACAAAGGGACGCGAUACUUUGUGGCAUUAAACAAAGAUGGGACUCCAAGGGACGGGACUAAAUCCAGAAGGCACCAGAAAUUCACACACUUCUUGCCCAGGCCUGUGGACCCAGAGCGAGUGCCAGAACUGUAUAAGGAUAUCCUGGGACACAGCUGAGACGCAAAGUCCCAGAUCAGGAGUAGCUGCUUUACAGCCCUGUUAGGCAGGGAGCCGAUCGACAAAAAGAGGCUGAAACGAUGCCGAGCGCUGGCUGGAGGACCUCUACCAGCGGGGGUAAAGGCACUGGGGGCCUCAUGUAGGAAUGUACAGUGGCCAUCUCUCAGCAGCCAAGACGACAGGCCUAGAAUGCCUCGGCAUGAGGGGCUUGUUUGUUCCAGAGGCUGGACGAUCCCAGAAAAGUACCUGCAGAGAACAGGUAACAUCUGGGGAGACGAGGCUGAGAGGUCACGCAGCGUCUCCGCAGUCUGCGGCCAUCCCAGGAGGUUUCUCCGGGGCGCUGUCUGAGCGAGAACUACUGUCUGUUGAGAAGGACUUUGAAGGAAUUACAUUUUAUUUCAAACCUGUUGGAGACAUUUGCAGAAGUGUAAAAGUCUAUUUAUUCAUUUUUAGAUACACAUAUUUAUCUUAUAUAUUUAUUUAUUGGAGAAUAUAUUUUUACAAGUAGAAUCUAGGAAAGCCCACUUGGAACAAUGUCAACUAUAUAAAGUGAGAAACUGUACUUUUAUCAUCUUUAUCCUAAAACAAAUAACCAUCAGUACUACUCUAUUAUUAAAUCCAAAUUAUAAAACCUUUUAAAAGCUAUCCAAAUUUGAAAUGUUUUCUAUCCUAAUUGUUUAUUGUAUAUCUUUUUGGAUUAGUAUUUAAUGGCCACUCUAUUGUAAGAUGUGAUCACCUUCAGUAAAAACUAUAUUACUACCCUAAUUAUCAUGAAAUUAUUCCUCAGAUGAUUCAAACUAAUUGUGAAAUUAGGGCAAACUUCAAAGGAUAAUUUUUCCUCCCACUUUAAAAAGCAAUUUGGCUUUAUUUCAGGUGUCAUAAAAAAUAUAAAAUAGGCACCUGAAGUAAGAGUGUUGAUUAAGAAUUUUUUUUUCUAUUUUCCUCAAAGUUUUAGAAAUAUGGUGUCAUUUUGGGCUCCAAUCUAACUGUUUUUGGAUUUCGCCAUUUUAAAAUAUUUCCAAGAAGCCAACAUUGUAAUUUUUAUUAGAAAGGAACUAUUUUCAGCCAGCUGACCACCAGUGCCCAGAAACAGUUGGGGGAGGGUAUUUAACAUUCUGUUAUCCCUUUCCUGCAUUUCAUUAAAGACUUUAAACUGUAUGAGUGGUUUGAUGGAAUGUAUUCGCUUUUAUUUUCAAAGCUCUGACGUAGCUUGGUACCAACAAUGUUUAACAUACACUAUAGAAUCUGUGUAAACUCCAGUUGCAUGCCACACUUUUAAGAUUUAUAUUCUUUCUGUAGAUUAUGUGCGGCUCCUCCAGAGUCACUACAGGCUGAUUCCCUCAUAUAAGCUCCUAUGCUGUUAGUUGAAAGAUUAAAAAUCAAUUUUGGAGCUGAAUGAGGCUCAGAUAUUAUCUUAUAACCCAAUCCUGCUCUAUAUGGGUGUCUAGCAACUUAGGGCUUCACAAAACAGCUAGAUAUGCACAUUAUAGCAACAAUGUCUGAAGGUAAAAUGCUUCGUAUUGUUUUUCAGGGGACUGAUUUUCAGAAUCGAUGCAUUGGCUUUGAUUUGUAAAAAAAAAAAAAUAAGAACAAAGAUCAUGUAUCCCUUUGUAGGCUGCAGGGAUACUGCUAAAGGUAGAUUGCUGGUCUGGAUGUUGUCCCAGUGGAUGUAUGGGUUCUUACUGGAUCCUCUGAUUUUCCUUCCAUUGUCCAAAAACUUACCAGUUAUGCUGGACUGGAGACCUGACCGGUGUUCCCCACUUCAGCUCCAUUAACACCCUGGACAGGUGUGUCCAUAUCAGGGGAACACGGAC